AUGUCCAGGCUACUCGCGCUGCGCCUUUGCUUGCUCGCGACGCUGACCGCCGCCGGUGCGGUGCGACGCGUGCUCGUGACGGGCGCCAACAAGGGGAUCGGGCUGCAGAUCUGCAAAAAGAUUGUGGCGACGCAGCCGGACGCGCACGUGGUUUUGGGAUCUCGGUCGGCGUCCCGUGGCGAAAAGGCUGUGGCGGACGUGCUGGCCUCGGAGCCGUCGGCGGCGGGCCGCGUCGAGAUGCUGCAGCUCGACGUCUCGGACGAGGCCUCGGUCGCCGCGGCCGCGUCGGAGCUAGCAGCACGCUAUCCGUCGGAGCCGACGCCGCUCCACGGCCUGUGCAACAACGCGGGCGUCGGCUUUGGCCGCUCGAUCCGCGAGACGCUCGCGACCAACUUUUACGGAUCUGUGCGCUGCUGCGCGCACUUUGUGCCGCUCAUCGAGGCGGAGGGCCGCGUCUGCAACGUCGCCUCCGCCUCGGGUCCGAACUUUGUGCGCGGGCUCGACGCCGAGCAGAAGGCGAUCUUCACCUCGCGCGCGACGUCGUGGGAGGCGCUCGAUGCGUGCCUUCAGAGGUACGCCGAGUCGACCGACUACGAGGGCGUCGCCUACGGCCUCUCCAAGGCGGCCGUCAAUCAGUGGACUAUGCAGCUGGCUGCGGAGCACCCGCAGCUGCGUGUCAACUCCUGCUCACCCGGCUACAUCCUCACCGACCUCACGGCCGGCAUGGGCGCCACGAAGAGGCCCGAGGAAUCCAACUGCCACGUCGCGCCUCUCUACCUCCUCUUUGGCGACGUGCCGCACCCGGAGGCCAACAAGGGCCGCUACUAUGGCUCGGACGCGGUCCGGUCGCCGAUAGACGUUUAUCGCGGUCCAGGCGAUCCGCCCUACGAGGGCGACUAG